AUGGAGAAGAUCUCUGCACAAAAGACUAACACUCGGGGUUCUCCAGCCCCGAGGAGAGUUCAAGAGCUCAACAGCAGCAGUUCAGCAUCUGCAAAGGACGGCCCGACGAGGGGAAUUAUAAGGAAGGCCAAAAAUACCUUCAGCAAAAGUAACAGGAUCUCUGAAAGUGAAGACUCGAACACCUCUGAGGAGGAUGUCACUGUGAGAGGCGUGAAAAUCAGAGAUGAUGGAGAGGGACCGUCAAAGAAGAAUAAGGAGAGGAGAAGAUUUGAACUUAACAAGUACGACGAAGAGACGGCUUCCUGCUCAGAAAGCUGCAACACAUCUGCAGAGGUCGUGAGCGGCAGAGGUGGUAAGAGGAAGAAGAAGAAGCGAACCAAACCAGAUCUGUCCGUAGAAGCCCAAAGAGCUAAACUUGAGGCAAAAUACAAGCAGCAGAAUCAGCUCGGCAAAGGUGGAUGUGGAUCUGUGUUUGCUGGCUAUCGCAAAGCAGAUCAUUUACAUGUUGCCAUCAAACACAUCCCAAAGAACAAAGUCUUCUGCAAACAUGUGGACAAUGAAGGGAAACAGCUGUCUGUGGAGGUCGCCGUCAUGUUGAAACUUGCGGCCCGAACAAGAGGAUCUGUGGGGACGUCAGCACCCGUGGCCCUGUUGGACUGGUACGAUCUGGACCAGGAGCUGGUCCUGGUGCUGGAGAGACCAGUUCCCGCAGAGGACCUACUCCAGUACAUUAAGGUCAACGGAGGCUCCUUACAAGAGGAGGAGGCCAAGAUCAUACUGAAACAGCUGGUUGAUGCAACAAUUGAACUUCAGGAUCAGCGCAUCUUUCACCGUGACAUCAAGUUGGAAAAUAUUCUGAUCGAGACCGGCUCAGACAUCCCUCGUGUUCGACUUAUUGACUUUGGACUGAGCUGCUUCGUCAAGAAAAGGUCCUGCUACCACAUCUUCUACGGUACUUCUGCUCACACUCCUCCAGAGUGGCUCAGUCAUUGUGCCUACAGGGCCGGCCCCACCACAGUGUGGCAGCUGGGGGUGGUCCUGUUUGAGACGCUCCACAGCGAAGCGCUCUUUCAGACCACCAAGUUCAUCAGAAAACGGCUGACAAUCAGCAAAGAUCUGUCCAAAAAUUGCCAGGACUUCUUGCAAACCUGUUUGUCCAAAGACCCCCAGCAGCGCCUUACCCUGGAGCAGCUCCAGCUUCACCCAUGGCUUAGAUGAACAAUCCAUCCAAUGCCGUACAUACUAUCCUGCAGCACCCUCAGCCGUCCCAGGAGGGGGAUCUCUCUAAAUAAGGUCUUUCCUCGUCUUCUCAGGGAGCUUGGGCCGGAGUCAGGAGCUGCUGCAGGAGACAUUAUGUAGUGCAAGAUGUGAAACUAAGCCAAAAUAAACUU